AUGGACGACAUGUCGCGAGUUGCGCUACUGAGACAGUCGGGUACUACAAACGAUAUGAGAGACCUGUUCAUCUGCCGUGUGCUGGAACUAUAUGCAACCUACGACUGCGUGUUUCAUUUCCGUUCGACGUCAGAGCUCUGCAAAAAGCAGGGAAGGUGGGAGUACGCGAAACAGGCCGGCGAUCUGUACGAAGGGCUUGAACUUAGUUCGCUUGCGGUGGUUAAAAUUCGGUAUGUUUGCCGACCUAGCGAGGUUGGGAACUUUGCAAAGUCUGGGCCGUGGCUGGUAUCUACUAUGGCGGAGUGCCUCUCUAGGGAAGGGCAGGAAACGGGCAACAGUGCAACCAACGCCGCGUGUGGUGGCGACCCGCAGACCACUUGCGCAAAGACAAAGAGGACUCUGUAG